GGGGCGUUUGACAGCACACAAGGCAAAUCGGUAUCUUAUGCAAGCACCUACACUCUGCUACGCCCGGCUACGGUCUUGGAUCAUGGCUUUGUUUCAAGGCCAGAAUCCCACACUGUCUAGCAAUGACCCUUGACCGUCUGCACAUUCGAGCAUCUCGCUCGGACGCGGUAACGACCCCGCUUCAACAAAAACAUAAAGAUGUCCGGACUCGAGCUGAUAACGGCGUUGGGAGUGGCUGCUAGUGUCGCCCAGCUGAUCGAAUAUAGCCUGAAGGUUAUCAAGACAAUAUCAGAGAUAAAUAGUCGUGUCAAGAACGCUUCAAGUUGCAUUGCUCAAUGCAACAAACAAAUACGGCAACUCAUUCAAGUUGGCCAAGCGAUACAAGGGAACGAGAAUUUUCACAGCGACCUUAUUGCAUGUCAACUACAGAACACUUUGGCAGAAGUCAAACAUCUUCACGAACUUCUAGGACAAGUUUGGUUAGACUAUACGACAGGCUCAAGUGGCAAGAGGAUCUGGAAAGCAGUUGUGGGGGAUAAGGAAAGGCAUAUGCUCAAAUCUUCUGAGCGGCUGGAAAAAGAAAAGACCUCGCUUAUUAUUUGUAUCGGCGUAUUUCAGAGUCAAACUUUGCAAACCAUUGAGGCCGGAGUUGAGAUUUUGGUUGACAGGGAUAUGCCAAAAGUGCAAGACGUCCUCGACAAGCUGAAGAUGAGCAGUAAAAAGUCCAAAGCAAAGAAGCACCGUGAAAAUGUCUCCGCCAUUAUGAUGCCUCAAAAUAAUCAGCGAGAACAAGACCAAACAUGCAGAUCACUGGUAGUCCGAGAAUCAGUCAACCCUGACCCUGAGACAGGCCCCAAUGAACACUCGGGCCUUUACCGACCCCAGCUUUUGCAAGCUGAUGGCCACUCCUAUUCUGGAGCGAACUCAAACAGAGCCGUUCAGAUGAACGGUGAAACAGGAACUGGCUUAGACACAAACAAUGCGUACGCCAAGUCGCUUUGUGAAAACAAAGGUUUUCAAGUCAACGGCAAUUAUGGAAGCUCUGGUUUUCAUACACAUAAGGAUCCACUGGCGGCGAAAGGUGCGUUUCAAAUUAACGGCAACCUUGGGCCAGGAGUAACUAGAGAAGAAUUGAACAAAUGGAAUGCAAGUGAAGGUGAAGGUACUCAAUAAGACUUGGGGCAUAACGCGGCAAAGCGAGCAAAUCACAUGAAAUUUAGGACAACGAUAGGGAUUCACUUGCUCAAAACUUAGGUGCACCAUUUGGUACUAAGCUUUAGCUUAUUUGUGGUUUCUUUAGGUCUUGGACUCUGCAAAAUAACUAGCUAGCAGUGCGCUUUUUCUUCAAGUAAAUGCAGCUUUCUAUUUGUGGCAUGGAACGUUGUGCCAAACAGCACGGAUGGGCAACGCGUGACUCCGCCGAGAGGAAUUUUUCGAAUAUCAAUUUGUGAAUCAGAACUUGCCCACCUUUUUGUUUCUGUAAGCAAAUUGUGUGACUGGUUUUACGACAGUUAUGAUUCAAGAAAGAUAGAGCAGCCAAGCGGCAUUUGAGAGAUCUCUUGCAGCUUCUUACUCCGCAAAUUCAGCUCUCGAUCAACCAACAACUCUACCAACGAAAUAAGCUUCAAUCAAAAUUUAAGAUCAUCUCUUCGUAGGGACUUG